UCAGCUUCCGGUUCCGGGUCAACAGUCUCCUUCACAAACAGGCGACAUGUUGACCCGACUGUCGCGGCUCGGGCCCGCUUUGCCCCGGUUCCUCGCUCGUCCGCCGGCCCGGUUCGUCUCCCAGUCCAAGCCGAGCGGGGCCGCUGGUGCGACCGCCGUGACGGAGCUGCACCCCGCCGCCGUCACGGCCGGACACGGCGAGGUCAGCCAGUACGUCAAGAAUCCAGAUUACCAUGGCUUCUCCAGUGACCCCGAGGUGGAUGUGUGGAACAUGAGGGUGGGCUUCUUCUUCGGCAUCUCGGUCGCCCUCGUCAUCGGAGGAACGUUCAUCCACUAUUUACCAGACCACGGCAUGCGGCAGUGGGCCAGACGGGAGGCGGAGCGUGUGAUCCUGCAGAGAGAGAAGGAGGGUCUUCCUCUCAUAGAGGAGAACUACUACGACCCAAACAAGCUGGCUCCGCCCACAGCUGCGGAGGAGGAGUAGGAUGUCCAGCUGCUGUCCUUCAUCAUUAUUGUGUUUCACUCUGAGAGAAUAAAUGUUCCUGUUGUGUAAUUA